UCCUUCUCUUAGCCUAGUUCGCGGAAUGAAGGAGGUGAAGAGCGAGCGGGAACGGGGGAGCCGGCGGAGGCACCGGGACGGAGACAUGGUGGUGGUGGCGGCGGCGGCGGUGGUCGUGAAGCAGGAGCGCCUCAGCCCCGAAGCCGCGCCUCCCGCCCACCGCCGCACCGAGUCGUCUGGAGGUAGCCCUACUCUGCCGGCGGGGGAGCCGAGUCGCCCGGGUCACCACGGAAACCGAGUACGAGGAGGCAGCCGGUCGCCAGCCAAAAAGAAAAGCAAGUCUUCAGGGAGAAGAAGCAAGUCUCCUCGGAGUAAGAGAAGCCGAAGUCCUCACCAUUCCACAGUCAAAGUGAAGCAGGAACGUGAAGAUCACCCCCGGAGAGGACGGGAGGAUCGACAACACCGGGAACCAUCCGAACAAGAAUACAGAAGGGCAAGAGACAGUGACCGAGACAGACACCGGGGCUCUUCUCACCAGAAGAGAACUUCUAAUGAAAGGCCUGGGAGUGGGCAGGCUCAGGGACGGGAUCGAGACGUUCAGAACCUACAGGCUCAGGAAGCAGAGAGGGAGUUUUAUAAUGCCAGAAGACGGGAGCAUCGCCAGAAGAAUGAAGUUAGUGGCAGUGGUAACGAGUCUCAGGAGUUGGUUCCUCCACCUGCCAGCAACAAUAAAGAAAAAGAGGUGCCCACUAAAGAAAAGCCAAGCUUUGAACUCUCUGGGGCACUUCUUGAGGACACUAACACCUUCUGGGGUGUAGUCAUCAAAUACAGCGAGCCCCCAGAAGCACGUAUUCCAAAGAAACGGUGGCGUCUGUACCCUUUCAAGAAUGAUGAAGUGCUUCCAGUUAUGUAUAUCCAUCGACAGAGCGCUUACCUCCUGGGUCGACACCGCCGGAUUGCACACAUACCCAUCGACCAUCCCUCUUGUUCUAAACAGCAUGCAGUAUUUCAGUAUCGGCUUGUGGAAUACACUCGUGCUGAUGGGACUGUUGGUCGCAGGGUGAGGCCCUACAUCAUUGACCUUGGCUCAGGCAACGGAACCUUCUUAAACAACAAGCGCAUUGAGCCUCAGCGUUACUAUGAACUGAAAGAAAAAGAUGUGCUUAAAUUUGGAUUCAGUAGCAGAGAAUAUGUCUUACUUCAUGAGUCCUCAGACACCUCAGAAGUAGACAGGAAAGAAGAUGAGGAUGACGAGGAAGAGGAAGAAGUGUCUGACAGCUAGCAAACUAAGAAAAGACCCAAACUAUUGAGAGACAUUCCCUUCUUGGAAAACAUUGGGAUUGACUCAAAGAGCACCGUGGUGCUCUGUGUAAUGCCUUUUAUUGCCUUAAGUCUUUUCUUCUGUUGCUGACCAGCUUAUGUUACAGUUUAAGAAAACUGACUUAUGUUUGGUUGAACUUUUUUCUGUGGCAUGUCAGCCACAUGCCUGUGGGCAUUUGUUUUUGGAACAGUCUUCACCAAUUACAACACAUCGUGUUUUAGUAGAAGCAUUGUGGCUUUAGUUGGUGCUUUCAGAACUGUUGCCUAGGAAACUAAACCCUUGGUUAAAGGGAGAACUGUGGCUUGUUCUCUUUGUACAAUUACUUUAUUUAUAUAGUUGUUAAGCUUUGUGAACCAGGUUUUUGUUUUGUUUUGGGGGCAAACCCCUGAACAGAGAAUUUUACUAAGCUUUGGUAUCACCAAAACAGCCUCCAUUAUAUACCAAAUUUUGACCUGGUUGAGCUCUUGAGUCAUAGAAGUUGAUUUCGCAUUUAGUGUUUUGGGGAUGGAAAUUUAUCACAUGACCUCAUUAGACUGCUUAACUUAAACAUAUGCUUUAUGGAGCCUGCUUAAGCAUAUGACUGGACAGGAAGAUCAUGGCUACUGCCAGCAGGUGCUGAUUUAAUGUCUUGAGAGGCUGAAAUGGGUCAUGGAUCUGUUUCCUAUAAGAGAAUUUGUGAUUUCUCCAUGGAGCGUGUAUAUAAUGAUUUUGAUGAUCUUAUAGGUUUUUCAACUUUGUGUUUUUAUUCAGAUGUUAUCUCCUUUUUUCUUCUUUGGAAAUACACUGUCACUUAUGUGGGCAGGGUCCUUGCUUUAUUCUAGCUACAUGUGUAUUAGUCUAAAGGAGGUUGUAUAGUUUACAUGUUUCAUCUUUGAAAAACAUGUUUAGAUUCAUAAGUUAUAUUUACCCUCCCAGGGCUGAAAAGCAAGGGAAUUACUCAGUUUGCUAAUUUUCCACCAGAGAAAUAUGUGUAAGUAGAAAAGUAUUAUCUACUUACAUAUGUGUGUAUAUACAUAAAUUGUGUGUGAAAGAACUGCAUACUGAUUUUCCUAUGAGAAUGUUUCAUGAUAUAAAUGUAAUACUACUACGUUAUAGGCAAAGACCUCCUUGCAUCUGAAGGGCAGAUUUUCAUUUAUAUGUAUUUUUGGGAUAAAAAAUAAUAAAAUUUGUAAAUAUAGCCCCAUUUCAAAGGGUAAUACUUUCCAGGCAUAGAGGACCUUGUGUUCAUAGGUAUGUUUGCUGCUAAAGGAAUCUUUGUAUCAAAGUUUUUGAGGCAAAAAUAGGUAGUUAUGUUGGGGAGGGACCAGAAGAUACUAAAGAUAAAACCAUCACCUACACUGGAAUCCUGACUUGGGUGAGUAUGUGUUUGUCAUUUGAAGCAGCAGUGCUUUCUGAAUUGGCAGUGAAGGGUUUCUCCUUCCCUAAAUAGAGCGUGGAGCAGGGUUUUGCAUAGUUGGCCUUACACCCAUUUAUCCCAGUCCCCUUCAUUUCACCCCUACAGGGUGGUGGGUGGAGGAAGGAGAGAUGAUGCAAGUCAAUGAGUGCUG